CUCUGUCGCCUCGUCGUGCGCGUAAUCCACAAUGGCGGCAGCCUCCUUGCCCUCCUCCUCCUCUCCAUCGUCGUCCUCGUCUUCGUCGUUGUAGAGCGAGAGCAGGGCAAUUCCCUCCGCCUUGCGCUUCAUUUGCUGGAAACCCUAGCCUCACUAGGGAACUUGGCUAUGGCGAUUCUGCUGGACGAGGAGGAGGAGGAGGAGCUGUGGUGGAUUCCCGUCCCCACGGCGCAGCAGGGCCGCUGCCGCAAGGUAUGCAUUGGAGGCGCGCUGUGCUCCGUGCUCAAUGCAGCGAUGGAUUUUCACCACCAUCAGCGUCGGGAUGGUCUCUUCCAGCUCGCCAGCGCUCUUGGAGCGGACAGCAAGAGCCUGGUACCAUUGGUCACACUCCACAAUCUGGGGAGCUCCACGAGCACACACGGAGCACACACCGAGGAGAAAUCCAGGCCGGCCAAGCCGAAUGGAUUUGUUUUCAGCAAGGGCCUGGGCUUCGCGGGACAGGUAUUUGGCCUCUACUCGAGCUCUCGCAGCUGCCUUGUGGGUGUGGAAGAGAAGCGGUACCUCAAAGACCUUCCAUUCUCUUGCUCUUUCGUCAAGAGGUUUCUGUCCAAGAUACUUCGCGUCGAGGCUUCCAAAGGCCCAGCGUUUCACUUCUAUAUCAAUCACGAUGAUGCAAAGGCGUAUCUCAACCGCUUAAAGGUGCCCGACAUGGAGAUUGGUUCCGUUCCCUUGCAUCUCGCAUAUAAGUUCUUUAAGGAAAGGCCUUCGCUGUUUAGUUUCAUCCCUUCGAAAAAACAGGUAGAUCUUGCCAAAACCAUUAUAAAGAAGGAGCAAGGUGGAAAGGCCGCUCAACAAUUUCAAGGUGUUCCGGUGUUCACAUCUCACUGUUUGAGCAUUCUUGUCGUUGGGCCUAGUGGUGCGCGGUGGUUCAGGCCACAUUUUUUUAAAAAGGAAGAGCUGGACGGGGUGAUUAGAUCGUCUAUGGAACAUCACUAUCAGUCACUGAUUCGAAAUCGACGGGCUCGAAGACACAAUCAAGUGAGCGACUUCCCGUCGGAUAUGGCUGAAGAUGACCUCGAGAUGCUGGAGUCACAAGACAUUCAGGAUUUUGUAGAGGACAUGGACGAAUGGAGCUCUGUGCUCGAGUCGAUCAUGGCCAAGGCUGCACAAAUGUAUUUUCAAGACACCUUGGAUAGAGCCAUUUUUGGGAACAAGUGGUGCAGAAUGCUAGCCGGAAUCCAACCGAGCUUUCCCAUCUUAGUGGACUCAUUCGAGCGAAGGGUGACAUCUGAGACGGAGAAUGCCGUUGUCAGCCACCACGAACAGAAGAAACCUCACAAAGCCAGUGGAUGGUUUGACAGAUUGGGACUCAACUUGCCACCUCAAACGCCCGAAGACGAGGAGGAGCUAAGCACGCAAACUCCACAUCUAACUGUAGUCGCCGGCAUUGCUGGAAGUUCCACAGACCAGGUGGUGAAAGCCGCGUCUUCUGCGAUUCAAGAGGCCAGAGACAAGAUUGAGAGGAACGAAAUGACUCUGGAAAAUCUUUUCAUUGCGGACUUGGGUGGUCCUCAUAUAUGGUCCAAUCCCAGCGCGGGGCUGUCCGGACUUGGAGGAGGAUCAUCUGACGAGCGUAGCGAAGCAUAGAUAACUGUCAGCUGUGCUGGUGGUGUUUGAGCACAUCGCGGACCUCGAACGCAGUCCGGCUUUGGACAACAAUGUCA